CCCCGCCCCGACCCGCGGGCGGCCGGGAUGCCCCGCGGCCGCCGCACUCGCGCCCGCGCCGCGCCCUGAGCGCGCCAUGGAGCAGUGGCGGCAGUGCGGCCGCUGGCUGGUGGACUGCCGCGUCCUGCCGCACGACCACCGCGUGCUCUGGCCCUCGGCCGCCGUCUUCGACCUGGCGCAGGCGCUGCGCGACGGCGUGCUGCUGUGCCAGCUGCUGCACCAGCUCUGCCCCGGCUCCGUGGACCCCAAGGACAUCAACUUCCGGCCGCAGAUGUCGCAGUUCCUGUGUCUGAAGAACAUCCGCACCUUCCUCCGGGUGGGCCAUGACGUGUUUGGACUCCGCAGCUCUGACCUCUUCGACCCCUUUGACCUCUUCGAUGUCCGGGACUUCGGGAAGGUCAUCUCGGCCCUGUCGAGACUUUCCCAUCACAGCAUCGCGCAGAGCAAAGGAAUCAGGCCUUUCCCCUCGGAGGACACGGUGGAGAAUGACGAUGACAUCUACCGCAGCCUGGAGGAGCUGGCCGACGAGCAUGACCUGGGCGAGGACAUCUACGACUGCGUCCCUUGCGAGGACGAGGGCGACGACGUGUACGAGGACAUCAUCAGGGUGGAGGUGCAGCCGCCCAUGAAAAUGGGCAUGAGCCGGGACGACAAGCGCAGCCGCUGCCUGCUGGAGAUCCAGGAGACCGAGGCCAAGUACUGCCGCACGCUGGAGGACAUCGAGAAGAGCUACGUGGGCCCCCUCAGGCCGCUGCUGAGCCCCGCGGACAUGGCCGCCAUCUUCAUCAACCUGGAGGACCUGAUGAAGGUGCACCAGAGCUUCCUGAGGGCCAUCGAUGUGGCCAUGCUGGCGGGCGGCGGCUCCCUGGCCACCGUCUUCCUGGACUUCAAGGAGCGGCUCCUGAUCUACGGAGACUACUGCAGCCGCAUGGAGCAUGCCCAGAACACGCUCAACCAGCUGUUGGCCACCCGUGACGACGUGAGGCAGAAGGUCGAGGAGUGCACGCUGAAGGUCCAGGACGGGAAGUUCAAGCUGCAGGACCUGCUGGUGGUGCCCAUGCAGAGGGUGCUCAAGUACCACCUGCUACUCAAGGAACUCCUGAGUCACUCCACGGACCGGCCGGACAGGCAGCAGCUCAAGGAAGCUUUAGAAGCUAUGCAGGACCUGGCCAUGUACAUAAACGAGGUGAAGAGGGACAAGGAGACUCUGAAGAAAGUGGCCGAGUUCCAGAGCUGCAUCGAGAACCUGCAGGUGAAGCUGGAGGAGUUCGGGCGGCCGAAGAUUGACGGGGAGCUGAAGGUGCGCUCCAUGGUCAACCACACCAAGCAGGACAGGUACUUGUUCCUGUUUGACAAGGUGGUGAUCGUGUGCAAGCGGCGGGGCUACAGCUACGAGCUGAAGGAGAUCAUCGAGCUGCUGGCCCACAAGGUGUCGGACGACCCCAUGAACAACAAGGACAUCAAGAAGUGGUCCUACGGCUUCUACCUCAUCCACCUGCAAGGCAAGCAGGGCUUCCAGCUCUUCUGCAAGACCGAGGACAUGAAGCGCAAGUGGAUGGAGCAGUUCGAGAUGGCCAUGUCCAAUGUGAAGCCCGACAAGGCCGGUGCCAACCAGCAUGCCUUCCAGAUGUUCACAUUCGCCAGGACCACCACGUGCCGCGCCUGCCGCAUGCUGCUCAGGGGCACUUUCUACCAGGGGUACCUGUGCGCCCGGUGCGGUGUCGGUGCGCACAAGGAGUGUCUGGAGGUGACACCGCCCUGCAAGACAGGUUCCCCUGCAGACGUGGACACCCCCGGAGCGGGACCAGGUCCCAAGAUGGUGGCUGUGCAGAGUUACCACGGCAGCCCCGCGCCCCCCGGGAAGCCGGUGCUCACCUUCCAGACGGGCGACAUCAUCGAGCUGCUCAAGGGCGACCCCGAGUCCCCGUGGUGGGAGGGCCGGCUGGUGCUGACCCGCAAGUCUGGCUGCUUCCCCAGCGCGUCUGUGAAGCCAUGUCCCGCGGACGGGCGGCCGCCUGUUUCCCGGCCACCCUCCCGUGAGCUUGACUACACCAUGUACCCCUGGUUCGCUGGCAGCAUGGAGAGGCAACAGACUGACACCCUGCUGAAGCCCCACGCCAGCGGCACCUACCUCAUCCGGGAGCGGCCGGCUGAGGCCGAGCGCUUCGCCAUCAGCGUCAAGUUCAACGACGAGGUGAAGCACAUCAAGGUGGUGGAGAAGGACGGCUGGAUCCACAUCACCGAGGCCAAGAAGUUCGAGAGCCUCCUGGAGCUGGUGGAGUACUACCAGUGCCACUCGCUCAAGGAGAGCUUCAAGCAGCUGGACACGACCCUCAAGCACCCCUACAAGUCCCGGGAGCGCUUGGCCUCUAGGGCCUCCAGCCGGUCCCCAGUCCUCAGGGCCUCAGCCUCGCUGCUCAGGGCUCCUCCGCCCCGUUCUGGUCAGGUCAGUCUUCGCGCCUCGCGUCGUCGGCACGGCCGUGGCCAGGUACAACUUCGCCGCCCGGGACAUGCGGGAGCUCUCGCUGCGGGAGGGGGACGUGGUGAAGAUCUACAGCCGCGUCGGCGGGGACCGGGGCUGGUGGAAGGGCGAGACCCACGGCCGGAUCGGCUGGUUCCCUUCGACGUACGUGGAGGAGGAGGGCGUCCAGUGACGCGGGAGUCUGGACAGGACAUUCUUGGGAAGCUGCAGCUCUGGUCUCGCUCUGGCUCCAGGACUCCGGGGGCCGUGCCCGCCAGCAUCUGUCUCCCCUAGGCUGCAGGCUGGGGCGGGCUUCCAUAGAGGAGCGGUGGGCUGGCCCUGUGGGACUGUUGUCACUGGAGCCCCGAGCUGGGGAGUUCGGGGGUCUUGCCUGCCCCUCGGGGCCCUACUUCUUGCUGUUCUAGGGUGCCCGAGCCCAGGGCGGCCUGUUGGCUGUGCUCGGCUUCUCAUGACCCCAGCAGCCAGCGUGUAUAGAGACCCCCGGGGUGCGCCCCCCCCAUGGUACUGUUCUUUGUCCUGAGUCCCAGGAUGUCCCUGUGCCUGUCCUUGUCCUGCUGCCAGAGGCGUCAUGGGAGAGACCGCCCGGGCCCUCUGCGCGUGCCACUCGCCCCGCCCCCGUGCCGUGAGCUGCCCGGGCUCGCCCCACACAAGUGCUCUUGGGGGCGCCUCUUUUCUCAUGCUCCCCACGGA